AUGGCCUGGAGAGCCAGCAUCCGGGCUCGCGCUCUUCCUACCUCCCGCUUGACCCAACGGCCGUCGGCAGUGGCACCGAAGUGGGCCCAUCACUACCCCGGUGCUUCGCGAUGUGCUUCAGACUCGGCUGCAUCUGCACCUGCCGAGGCAGCCAAGGAGACAGUGAAGGAUGCUACAAAGGAGGCCACCAAGGAGAUCCCCCGCAAAGCGGGCCGUGGCUCUAAGAAGGCCCUGUACGGUGCCUCGUUGGCCUUGACCCUGCUGGUGGGCUACAUCUAUGGAACCGACACCAGAGCCAGUAUCCACAGAUACGGAGUUGUGCCCUUGAUCCGACUCCUGUGGCCCGAUGCGGAGGAUGCACACCACAUUGGCGUGGAGAACCUGAAGAUGCUCUACCAGUAUGGCCUUCACCCGCGCGAGCGUGGGGAGCCGGAUCGUGAUGAUGCCCUGGCAACUGAGGUCUUUGGAUACACCAUCUCCAACCCCAUCGGUAUCUCCGCCGGUCUGGACAAGCACGCCGAGGUCCCCGAUGCGCUGUUCGACAUCGGUCCCGCCAUCGUGGAGGUCGGCGGCACCACCCCUCUGCCGCAGGAAGGAAACCCCAAGCCUCGAGUGUUUCGACUGCCCUCGCAACACGCCAUGAUCAACCGCUACGGUCUCAACUCCAAGGGCGCCGACCACAUGGCCAAGGUUCUGAAGCAGCGCGUAGCUGACUUCGCCUAUGCUGCCGGAUUCGGCAUGCAUGAACAAUCCGAACAGCGCGUCUUGGACGGCGACGCCAACGUGCCACCUGGAAGUCUGGUCCCUGGCAAGCUUCUCGCCGUGCAAGUUGCCAAGAACAAACUCACCCCCGACGGAGACAUCGAAGCCAUUAAGCGCGACUACGUCUACUGCGUGGACCGGGUGGCACCGUACGCCGACAUCCUCGUCGUGAAUGUUUCCAGCCCCAACACCCCAGGCCUGCGCGACCUCCAAGCCGCCGCACCCCUCACAGCAAUCCUGACUGCGGUCGUCACCUCCGCCAAGAACGUCGAGCGCAAGACUAAGCCCUACGUGAUGGUCAAGGUCAGCCCGGAUGAGGACUCCAACGAGCAGAUCUCCGGUAUCUGCGAGGCUGUCUGGAACUCCGGUGUCGACGGUGUCAUCGUCGGUAACACCACCAACCGUCGGCCCGACCCCGUGCCCCAGGGCUUCGUCCUCCCCGCCGAGGAACAGAAGACUCUGAAGGAAACCGGUGGUUACUCCGGCCCUCAGCUGUUUGACCGCUCCGUUGCGCUUGUCGCCCGGUACCGCGCCCUGCUUGACCAGGGACCUCCGUCUGCGACCGACUCGGAGAAGUCUGUUGAGGUGUCUAACCUUCCCCGCAAGGUUAUCUUCGCUUCCGGCGGUAUCACUACCGGUAAGGAGGCGCGCGAGGCUCUCAAGGCCGGCGCUUCGGUCGCUAUGAUGUACACUGGUGUUGUCUACGGUGGCGUUGGCACUGUCACGCGUGUCAAGCAGGAGCUGCGUGAGGAGCUGCAGAAGAAAUAA